AUGGGGUUUUCUCAUAAAUGGAUGUGUGUAACGGCGCUUCUCGUUAUCUUGGUGUUGAAUUUGAGUGUGGAGAUUCUUGGUGAUGGAAAACUUGGUAAGGAGGGUUGGAGAGAUGAUUGUAGGUAUAGCCGGCGUGGAUGCUAUGGUCGUGGCCGUGGUUGGGGUGGACGGGGAAGGGGUCAGGGAGGUUAUGGUGGCCGUCCUGGUGGAGGACAUGGUGGACACGGUGGUGGUUUAGGAGGAGGUGGAGGUGGAGGCUUUGGUGGAGGAAGCGGUGGUGGUGGCGGUUUGGGUGGUGGAGCAGGAGGAGGUGGCGGACUUGGUGGUGGAGGCGGACGAGGUGGAGGACUAGGUGGUGGUGGGGGUCUGGGUGGCGGAGCAGGAGGAGGUGGCGGACGAGGAGGAGGACUAGGUGGUGGUUCUGGAUCGGGUGGAGGAUUUGGAGGUGGAGGUGGAGCUGGUGGGGGCGCAGGCGGAGGUGGAGGGGGAGGUGGUGGUCUUGGAGGAGGUGGCGGAGGGGGAAAGGGUGGGGGGGGGGGGAUUGGAGGUGGUUCUGGCUCGGGUGGAGGAUUUGGAGCAGGUGGUGGGGUUGGUGGAGGCGCAGGUGGAGGUGGAGGUCUUGGAGGAGGUGGAGGAGGAGGAAAAGGUGGUGGAGGCGGGAUCGGGGGUGGUUCUGGCUCAGGUGGAGGCUUUGGAGCUGGAGGUGGUGUUGGAGGCGGUGCAGGUGGAGUUGGAGGAGGGGGUGGGGGAGGAGGCGGAGGUGGUGGUGGUGGUGGUGGUCUAGGGGGAGGAUCUGGCCAUGGUGGUGGAUUUGGUGCUGGUGGGGGUGUUGGUGCCGGAGGUGCUGGGGGCGGUGGAGGUGGAGGGGGAGGCGGUGGUGGCGGCGGAGGUUUAGGUGGUGGUUCAGGACACGGUGGUGGGUUCGGUGGUGGUGCUGGCGGAGGAUUAGGAGGUGGAUCUGGUGGCGGUGUAGGAGGUGGUGGCGGUGGAGGGCACGGUGGAGGAGUUGGUGUUGGUAUCGGCAUUGGGAUUGGAGUAGGAGUUGGAGGUGGUUCAGGCACCGGCGUUGGAGUUGGAAGCGGCUCCGGCGGCAAAGGCGGCCCAUGA